GUAACGAUUAUUAUUACGAUAAUUGUUAUCAACAACAACCACAGCAGCAACAAGAAUAUUUUGAUAAUUAUUCAAAUCAAACAACUAUAGCAACUGGUGGUUUUGGUGAUAAUCAUUAUAUUGAUAGUUGCCAAAAUACUGGUAUUCGUCAAAAAAUAACAUAUCCACAGAUUAUUAAAUAUAAUAAAAAAUCACCCUCUGACCGUACGAAUACAACGACGACGAUACAAUCAUCGUCUUUAAGAAGUGGUGUAAAUAAACGUUCAUUAAUAUUGAAUUCAACUAACGGAAUUUUAUCAAAACGAAAAAGACAACGACAGCAGCAACAAAGUUGUCGAAUGACAUUCACAAAUAAUAAUCAAUUUGUUGAACAUAUACCAAAUACAAUACAUUAUACGACAACAACAGCAUCACAGAUGUUCCCUUGUUGUUGGAACGGUUGUCAAGAAAGUUUUACCAGUGCCAAUGCAUUGCGUAAACAUUUGGAUCUACAUGUAAAUGAAUUAGAACAACAAUUCACAAUGACAGCUGUGAUGUUGGUACGUGAAGCGGCCAUGCGUGGCAAUAAUGGUAAUAAUAUUAAUUCAAAUACAAAUGAUAAUUCCACGACAAUUAAUUCAUCGACAACAAAUUCCAAUUCAAAUCAACAAUUGAAUAAUAAUAGUAAUAACAAUAAUAAUAAUAUGGAUCAUCAUCAAACGACAAUGUCGAAUCAUCAUCUUAUCGAUGGUUCCGGUAAUAGUGGAACAGUUGAUGGCCAUGGCCAUCAAGUAAUUGGUGGUGUAGAUGAAGAAGAAGAAGAUGAUGAUGAAGAAGAUGGUGAUGAUGAUGUAUUCAAUAAUCUUAAUACAGGUGGUGUCGUUAUUAGUGGACAACAUCCACAUGCAACAAGUUUAUUGAUUACAUCACAUCAUGACGGUGUCGUUGGAAUCGGUGAUAAUCAUGUGGAUGAUGAUGAUGAAGAUGAAGAGGAUGAUGAUGAUGAUGAUGGUGAUAAUCAAUCAUUAGUUGAUCCAACCCAAUUACUUGAUAAUCAUUGCAUGACAAAUGUAACGAAUAAUAAUAAUAAUAAGAUCUCAAAUAAUCAUCUUAUAUCGAACGGCUCGCAGCAAAUAUCUGUUAGUAUUAGCAGUAAUGGUGGGAGUCGUAAACGAACAAAUAACAGCAUUGAUCCAUCCAAAAAAAUGAUUAACUCAUCACCUCAAUCAUCAACGAAUUUAAUGUUGAUAAAUUCCUCAUCAUCAAGUAAUCAUUCUCAUCAUAAUCCUCAAUCACAAUUAUCCGUAACAGUUUCCGGUGGUGGUGGAACCAUAUCGAAUAAACGUAUGAAAUUUAUUAAUGCCCAACAACAAUCUGUAAAUAUGAUGAUGCAACAACCUCAAACAACAGCACGAUCGAAUCGUAGACAACAGCAGUCACAUCUUCAAAAUCAAUUACCAUGUCAAACAGUCGAGAUUGUCCCGGCAAAUGCAAAAUCAUCGAAAACGAAUAAUAAUAAUAAUAAUAAUAAUAAUAAUAAUAAUAAUAACAUAACGAUCGUAUAUCCAAGUAUUUCACCACGUAAUUAUGUAUGUCCGGUACCAUCGUGCAAUGCUGCAUAUACAAAAUCCAGUCAUCUAACAGCACAUAUGCGACGACAUACAGGCGAAAAACCAUAUGCUUGUGAUUGGCCUGAUUGUCAUUGGCGUUUUAGCCGUUCGGAUGAAUUAUCACGUCAUAAACGAUCGCAUACGGGCGAAAAAACACAUCUAUGUCCAUUUUGUUCAAAAGGUUUCUCAAGAUCUGAUCAUCUAAGCAAACAUUUACGCGUUCAUCGGCAAGAAUUACCGGAUAAUUUUGAUGUACGUCAUAUAAUAAAAACAUCGCGGAUGUCCGGUACACAACAACAGACAUCACCAUUACAACCACAGGUUACAAUGACCGUUAAACAUGGUACUGGAUCAACAACAUCAUCAAGUGAUAAUAAUAAUAAUUCCAAUUUACUUAUUGAUACUAACAAUGAUCAUCAAAUAUCACAUUCUUCACAGAUACAUUUGCUGCAACCAAAGGUGACGAUUAAAUUGGAGAAUGAUGACUAAAGGCAAAUAACGGGAAUUUGGAAUAUUGCCAUUAACACGUACAUUGGACCGUACCUCCGACCAUCUUUCAUCAUAUCAUCGAUAAACGAUAUUGGAUAUUUCGAACCAAAAUAAUGGCGUAUUCUUGCUAUUUCUUAUUCAUCUUACUCAUUUAUUAUUAUUUCACAUGCAUACUGCUUAUAUUUUUUUCACAUUCAAAAGUUCCAAAAUCAUUUACAGACUUCUUAUAAAUCUCAUACAUAAAACAUGUAUCAUCUGUUGCAUGUUUCGCGCC